UGAAGGUUUCUAUUCUUUUAGUCUUAAUCUUUAGUCUUAAAAGACAUCAUCAAAAGAAAGUUUUUCAAAUUUUUAAACUGUAAAAGUGAGUUUUGAAGUAAGGAAAUGGAAGUGGAACAUAAUGCUGGUUUUUCUCCCAGAUUUCCAGAUGACACGCAGUCGAUACCAGGAGCGAAACAGCAACAAUAUGGAUUGCCUACGAAUUUCAACAUUUCAGAACACCCGCCUGUUGUGAUGAGAGUUAAAUCUCAUAGAGACAGUGAUCAGAGUGAAACCCAGAGAAAAAGGAGAUCGAGAAACCGAUUAUCCAACAGAAGAAGUACCGGGUACGUCACACCUGAACAAAUAGAAGAAGCUAAAAAUAUGGGCGAAAGUGGUACUAGUCCUCAAGUUUAACAAAAUUAUUUUAAAGGAACAUGCAGCCCACUUUAAAUUAUUUUAGUAAUACCUAAAACUGAUUUUUUUAGUUUGUAACUAACAAUGAUAUUUUGUUCUGUAAAUGUCAAUCAUAUAUCUUAUUGUAUUUUUAUAAACUUAUGUAAAAUGAGUACUCAGUACCUGAAACUUAAAGUGCAGCAUUGCUUUCUUAAAUUGAUAUGAAAAUCCAACAAUGAAAUGUCAAGCCUUGUCUAGACAUAACGUUUUACCUGUCAGUCUUACCUGUUCAGUCAAAACGUUUCAAGUAAAUAUUUUCUGUAGACGAAAAAAAAAAGGACGUUUUACUUGAACUGAAUUAAGACGAAAGGUUUUAAUUCUUCUGUCUAGAGAAUUGACGGGAUCAUUUAGUUCUACAACAAAAUUGUCAUUUUGCCUACAAUAGAAAAUUAAAAAUCUAAUAGUUUUGCAUAGUUUCAAAAAAUAAUGUAAUUUUACAAAUUUCUUGGAGAUAUUUGAUCAUUAUUAAUGAUUGUUACCAAAUACGACAAAGAGUUAUGUAUAGAUGGGGUUAAGAUGGCCGACCGUCUUGAGAACUGUUGUCAGUUUACUAAAAAGUCUUCCGUUUUACCUCACAAGCAAAACUGAACGUUAUGUGUGGACAGGACUUAAUGUAUCAAAAAUAAAACAAUGCUUAUACCGAUCGUGAUGGUAUCUUUAGAUAGAUAUUUUUCAAUUUACUAUUUUUAAUACUAAUUGCUAAUAACAAAUGAGAGAAAAAUUUAAAACUCAAUAAAAAGAAUUCCUGUGAAAACUUGGAAUAUCAAGGAAAAAAUUGAGAGAGAAAAAAAUUGCCGGAUGGUGCUUCGGCUUUGGAAACAGGAAAUCCCAUGCAAAUUUUGAACUGUCAAAAUAUUGGCACUCUUUUACAGCGAAGUGGUAAAUAGGUUUUUCUAAAGGUUUGAGUAUGCUGAAAACAUGCCAAAUUUGAACAAUUUUGUGCAAACCGUUUCUAACUAAUUUAAGAAAAACUGUAUCCUGUAUCUAUUUUUAAAUCAAAACUGAACAGGUGGUAAUGCAAAACCAGGUAAAUGCCAACAUACAAACAUCUUUCAAAACACAAAAUACACUUAGAUCUAUUUUAUCACAGACUAAACCAA